UUGAUCGAAUGCCACUUGUCGCAAACGUCACAUUAGCUGUCUUUUUCAUCAUCGUCGCCAUAGUGUGGAACACGCGGUGGAAAUUCCGGAAAAACUAGUAAAAGCAUGGCACCACGUUAUGAGAUCGCCGUAGGGCUCCAAAAGGGGCACAAAACCACCAAGAUUCGGUCGGGCAAAACCAAGGCCGACAAGGUGCGGCCUGCUAGAUUGAAGGGCAUCCAGACUCAUCACACCAAGUUCGUGAGGGACUUGAUCCGCGAGGUAGUGGGGCACGCUCCGUACGAAAAGCGUGGAAUGGAGUUGCUGAAAGUUUCAAAGGACAAGCGAGCCCUGAAGUUCCUGAAGAGGCGUUUGGGAACCCACAUCAGGGCCAAGAGGAAGCGUGAGGAACUGUCCAACAUCCUGACCCAGAUGCGGAAGGCUGCCGCUGCCCACAAGUAGAGUUGAGGCUGUUAAUUGUGGCUGCUUCAAUAAAUAAGUUAAGGGAG